GAAAAAUCCUGCCACACUUGCCAUCCUCCAACUCCAAUUAAUUGUUCUUCUAACGCUCAUCUCUCUCUCUCUCUGUCUCUCUGUGUGUAAGCUUGUCAUCCCUUCAUGGCGACCUUAACACAAAAUCAGCUACACAUCCUCUUCUUUCCAUUAAUGGCACCAGGUCACAUGCUUCCCAUGCUCAACAUGGCCAAGCUCUUUGCAUGUCAUGACCACAGAGUUAGAGCCACCAUUCUUACCACCCCAGCCAACGUCACCACUCUUGUCAAAACUAUCACAAUUAACUCAAACUCCAAAAUAGAACUAGCUCUCAUCCCCUUCCCCUCCACCGCCGCCGGUCUCCCCCUCGGCUGUGAAAACCUCACCACCAUCUCUUCUCAUGAUGACCUCACACCCAACUUCAUUCAAGCUGUCUCCAUGCUCACUCAACCCUUUGAACAAAUCCUCAGAGAGCUCAAACCCAAUGUAACCAUCACAGAUGCCUUCAUUCCUUGGACCAUUGACAUCACAACCAAGCUGGGAAUCCCCCAGAUCAUCUCCCAUGGCACCGGCUUCUUUCCUCUUUGUCUUUCUGAUAUCAUAGCAAACUACAAGCCACAUGAGACCUUGCCAGCUGAAACUAUGUCUUUCUUGGUUCCUGGAAUCCCUCACCGGGUUGAGCUUCUCAAGACCCAAGUUCUAGACAUCAUGAAAGCUGGGAAACCAAUGCUUGAUCUCCUGCUUAAGAUUAAGGACACAGAGAGUAGAAGUUAUGGUGUAGUGGUGAAUAGUUUCUAUGAGCUGGAGCCGGACUACGUCCAACACUACCGCACUGUCAUUGGGCGCCGAGCCUGGCAUGUUGGUCCUGUGUCUUUGUGCAAUGAGGAUGUCAUCAACGGUGCUAGUGCUACUGAUGAUAAAGAUCAUGAUGAGUGUUUACGUUGGCUUGAUGAGAAGCAACCCGGGUCUGUUCUUUAUGUUUGUUUUGGGAGCUUGUGUGCCUUCUCUGGUGAUCAGCUACGUGAGAUUGCUUUGGGUCUUGAGGCUUCUAAUCAUGCAUUCAUUUGGGUGGUUCCUAAGGUUCUUAAGAGGGAUGAGGAUAUGGAUUGGAUGCCAGAAGGGUUUGAAGGGAGGAUUAAUAUUGAAGGGAAAAAAGGUUUUAUUAUAAGAGGAUGGGCUCCUCAGUUGUUGAUAUUGAAUCAUAAAGCUGUUGGUGGGUUCAUGACUCAUUGUGGAUGGAACUCUACUCUUGAAGGUGUGUGUGCAGGCUUGCCAAUGAUCACUUGGCCUUUGUUUGCAGAGCAGUUUUACAAUGAAAGGUUGGUUUUAGAUGUGCUGAAGAUUGGUGUUGCUGUUGGGAUGAAGGAGUAUGUGAUGAAGCAUGAGGAUAGGCCAUUGAUUUAUGGGAUAGAUAUAGAGAGAGCUGUGAACUGUGUGAUGGGUGGUGAUGAAGAAGCUGAGGCCAUGAGGAAGAGAGCUAGAGAGUUGGGAGUGAUGGCAAAGAGUGCUGUUAUGGAAGAUGGGUCUUCUUAUACUGAGUUAACUCGGCUCAUCAAUGAGUUGCUUCUCCUUGUUGAAAAUAUUGACUGAAAAUCAGCAAAGACGAGGCUUGCAUGGAGUUGGGAUGGCGCAUAGUUUGAGGAGUCUGAAAAGUAAUGGCGUGGAACCCAAGGUGCAUGCAUUGGUUAAGGUUAUCAGAGAAACUGAAAAGUUGUUUUAAUGAGUCUGUGUUGGCACUCAAUGGUUGGGUAGUCAACUUACUUUCACUGUUUGUCUGUUGUUUUUUUGAAUUCAAAGUACUAUAUUGUCUGUAUGCAUUUAAUGGUUUUUGUCUUUUGUAAUAGCUUUAACUAUGAGUCCUUUUACUUUGAAUGAACUGAUUUGAAUCUUUAGAGUUUCA